CGUAGAGUACAUAAAGCAAAAUCCCGCCCUCUUUCCUUCCCUUUCCGCUGUACGACGUAAACGUGCCUAAGGUGCUCGGUUCUUCACCCGAAGCUAAGGCCCCCAAUCCGGCGACUAGCACCGUCAAAUUUAGGCAUCCGUCUCGACAGACAUAAAAUCUUACAUCUACAAUGGCCUCCGUGUCUGAGCUUGCGUGUAUUUACUCUGCUCUGAUCCUCCACGACGAUGAAGUCACCGUCACCGUAAGUGUCCCGGCUCGUUCAUGACAGUUCAGUCAAUGCAUUUAAACCAGACCCUCAUGUAAGCUGUAUUGGUGUUGAAAGCUUAAGAUAAAUGAGUUGAAACAUUGAAGGUUGUAUCAUAAAGUAAAGUCUUGAAUGAGUUUAGUAGAAAAGGAGUAUAUUGGUCAACACAAGCUUAUCUGCCGGUAAAAAUGGCGGCACGCUUCUUACUAGCGUAGGCCACGUUUCUGUCUUGUGUUGAAGAGGACUCAAAUCUACUAUGAAGCUUUAGGCGUUUCUCACUACAUUCCUUCAUGAGGGUAUUUCCUACAUGAAAUUCAGGAUACCUCGGCUCUUCUGACAGGUGCCGGUGAAUGCUGAUGGUUUAUGGCAACAGUCAGUCAUGCUUUAACCUAGGGGUUGUACAGGUUACUAUCGUGGACAGUAUUUAAGUGUGCCUCAUAGUAUACUUGGAAGAAGUCGUUAUGUAUCAUUAGGACACAGAUAUUUAAGGUGUAGAAGCUUGACCAGUGUAAUACACGUGGUUGCUGCUCAGCAUCUGUGUAUGAGAACCUCUAGAAUCACUUAUUGGAUUUGGAUACUUUUUCACAGUAACUGAAGAUGAUAGAAGAGCCACUUUAUUACCUGUUAUUUAAAUAUACAGUACAUGACUUCAGUAAUCCUCAGUGGCUCUCAGUUGUCCCUCUUAGACAAUAAAGCAUCCUUUAACAUCCUCUACCAAUAAAUAGCAGGUGCUUUCAAAAGCUUGAAUGAAGAAAUAAAGCGUGCUCUGAGGUUGGAGUUAAUGUACUGAUUUAUCUGGACUCAAUACUGAAGGGCAAAGAUGUAAGUUUGUAAUAAUUGUGUCAUGUCUGUAGGAGGACAAGCUGAACGCUCUGAUCAAGGCUGCUGGAGUGACCGUGGAGCCUUUCUGGCCAAGUCUGUUUGCCAAGGUGAGUGAGAAGUGCGCACAUUCAGACAUACCAAAAAUCAGAUACAAUGGUGGAGAUGAUAACUUUGAAUGUUUGAAGAGAAGUGCACAUGUAAGAUUUAAAAUGAGUAAUCAAAACAUCUGUUCUUAAAUCUGUGAGUUUUUAAGUUUUUUAGCACUCAGUAGUUUACAUACAUUCAAGCUUCAGCUAUAGGGGAUUCAACUGGAGAGCUGUCCUUGUUCUAGUACGCAAAGGCCUGACAGAAGUGAUUUCUUGACUAAUCUUCCGAUUAACCCAUGAUGCCACAUGGUAACAGUCAAUAAAUGAUGUAUGAUGAAGACCACAGUCAGCUUCACAGCUGUGUACCAGUUAUAUAUUUAACUGUAAGUUUAAUCUUUUUUAAACAGGGUUGUAAACAUAACAAGGUUUUGUUCACAGCCCAGUUGUCUUUAAUGUAUUUCUGCUUCUGAGUCAAAGCCAUGUGUACAAGUUGGGAAGCAUUGCAGAGAAUGUGUCAGUUCAAGUAUUAUUGAGGUCUAUACAUGCUAAAGAACAUCAGUACCAAACUGUAUUAUCUGGGUAUGAAAAUCUGACUGAGAAAUUAGACUUAUGUAUGAAAAAAAAUUACCAUCAUGUAAACAUACUGAGUUGUGAAAUAAUGAAUUGUCUUUUGACUUGGUACUGAAAUGGGGUUUUCCAAGGCUCUGUGCAAUGGACUUUACCCUAUUGUAGCAGGAUACAGGUGGAUUAAUAACUUUUACAAGCGUUACCAUAUAUAAUAUCUAAACAAUGACUUAAUAUGCAGUCAAGUUUUAGUGACACGGCACUGAUGUCAUGUCUAAAGGUCAUUGUUACUCACCAGAUCAAUCGAGUCCUGGCCACGUGAAUAAGGUGAAUCUGAACCUUUGAAACUUGUCCUUUCGUAGGCUCUUACCAGCGUUGACAUCGGCAGCCUGAUCUGCAACGUUGGAGCCGGUGGUGGAGCUCCAGCUGGUGCCCCUGCUGCUGCAGGAGCAGCUGCUGCUGGUGACGCCCCAGGUAACUGUACAAACUGUGGUUUACACUGAGGGAAGGAUUUAGACAGGGUUAUCAAACAAGAUCCGGAUUAGGGCUGCACGAUAUUGGAAAAACAAAAUAUUGCAGUAUGAAAAAUGGGUAAAUGCACCUUGUUCUGAGCUACAGAAGUAAAAUUUACUGUUUGAAAUGUACUUCAAAUACUUGACUUUUAAACUCAUGGUUGAUGAGUUAGAAUAUCUUCAACGAACCGCAUUCAAGUGGAGUGGUUGUGAGUGGACCUGUUCACUGUGGAGUUACUGAAUUCUGAUAGUUUGGUGACGUCAGCAGGGUCCCUUGCUUGUUUAUGUUUUACAGUCAUGUGACACACCAGUCUGGACUCUGCAGGCACAGCAGUCAUCUGUGUCCUGAUGAGGGGCUGCAUUUACUUCAUUAGUGGAUCUGCAUGAGCAGAUAGCAGUAGGGACAGCCGAGCAACAAAUCAUCCAGCUUUUAUCAAGAUGUAUCAUCCUCAUGUAGGGGCAAACUGUAACAGGAUGUGUUUUUAUAAUUUCAUUGUUUUGUUUACAUUUAUUUACCACUUAAAUAGGUAUUAAAUUUGAGGUUUUUGGCCCUUACCAAAAAAGAAAUGAGCUGCCCUUAUGUCUCUCAGUCCAGAGAAUCCUGAGUCAUUUUGAUUUUAACCAAACCUUGUCUUUUUGUCCUACAGCCAAGGAGGAGGAGAAGAAAGAAGAGAAGAAGGAAGAGUCUGAGGAGUCCGAUGAUGACAUGGGCUUCGGUCUCUUUGAUUAAAUCGGUUGUUUUUGUAAAAACACAAUAAAACUACAAAAACCAACUACACAUUCUCCCCCUUUUUUUUUCUUGGAACAAACUCUGUUGUACUUACACACUGACCUCUUGAAAAUAGAUGAUAAAAAACAGACUUGAGAACACAUCACAAAUAGAAAGAUUUUACAUACUGUAUUGUUUGACUAGAAUGAGGUAAUAUGACCAAUUAUAAGAGAAAACACAAGAAAGUACAAGCUUACUUUUUUCUGUCAGUCCAGUGAUUUUCCUCAAAACCUUUUUCACAGUUUGCCAGAAAGAAAUUUGUUACACAACUCAAAUCCAUCAGUGACACGACAGUGGGGGUUUUUGAUCGUGGGAUUUUAAUGACAAAACAUUAAGACUGUAAGAGUACUUUUAAUGUGUAGGUGGAAAUACAUUGUUGCGAUUUGCAUGUGUGAAUUAGUGUGUCAAAGUUGCCAUGCCCAUCAGCAAGCUCAUUCACUAGUCAACUGAUGCCAGACUGGAAGUUCAGCAGAAAUGUAUCACAAGUGGUUGGGAGUCUGCAGUACUCCACUUGAACACUGGCUGGCAGUACUGUGUCUAUGACUUUUAUAUUAAGGGGCUGCAGCCUGAGUUUCCCCUAAAGAUUUAUUCACAGAGUAGCCUUUUCAAAAUAAUCACAAUAAAUCAAAGAACUGACAUUAGGAAAAUUAAUACAUUUGAGGUGUAAUCAGUAAGAGUUAUGUAAGUCUUUAUAUUUAUGAUUGUCUUGGUGGCUUUUCUGUCUUUUCGUCCUUCCAGUGAGUUCAAAUACAUUUCAUUUCAUUUGUUGGGUAGGUACUGUAAAACCAAAGAGACCUUCAAAACGAUGGAGAGCUAUAUUAACUUCAUUAAAUAUAACAUUAGGAAUUAAGUACUACAACCUAUCUGUGUUCUUUAGUGUUUGAACUAAUUCAACUGAAAACUAAUGUAUAAUUCAUGGAAGUCAAGUACAUCUAAUCCACCAUGAUAGUAUGGAUUACACAAGACAUUUGAAUUAAUAUAGUGAGGCCUAUUUCUGCACAUAAAGUUGAAUAAAUGACGGCCUAUUUUCUCAACAAGUCAUAUUGGCACAUCUAAAACCUUGGCCAGACAAUCCAAGGAGAGUAUUCUUUAGUUUUUGACAAAAGUAUGUGAUAAAUCCCUCAUUAGCCACAUGUCAAAUUUAAUGUCAAGUUUUUUGGGUAAAGAAGUUCAAAAAUAUAAAUCUGCUUUUCCUGGUCUUUACUGAUAUUCAUUCCCCAAUAUACGCUUUGUUCUUUGACCUGGAAUAGCUUGAUCACAUAAUCCUAAUACACUGGACAAAAGACCGUGUUUUACUGCAUCAGGAGCUUUUUAUGUCUAUGAAUAAAAUAUAGCUGUUAUCUGUUAUGUAAUACUCAUAGCCAACGAGAUUUAAAAGUCAUAGAAUAUAAUGACUUAUAUAUAACUGUGUACUGUGAUGUCAAAAAGCUGUGUUACGAUAGUCUACUUUCGGCCACCCAGAUUAACGUUAUAUUGCCGGCACUCUUGUCUUUUCCUAACUUCAGCUUUAAUUCCCCAUGUUGUCUGUUCAAAUUUCUUGAAUGACAAGUCUUUCCUGUGCAAGACUUAACAAUUUAGGAGCUCCAUUUAAAGGCACCCUUACUGUGGAGCCUCCUUGAGGUGUUACGGACCUCACUUACCAAAUCUCUGCAAACGGAGGUACUUCUGGUGACAAUACGACUAUUUAUUUCCUUAGUAUCUUCAUGUUUGUGUUUUGGGGUGUAAGGGACCAUGUUAUAGGUGAUGUAGCUUAUCAGCAGACCAAAUUUUUGGGAUGAGGAUGUUGGGUGUUUAUCCUUUUAUGAGAGGACACAUGCUGGAGCAGCUUUCAGUAGCCUCUGUUUGGACGUAUCUCUGUUCACACCGUCUGUUUCAAUGUAUCCUGAGAUCUUCACACCGUCUGUUUCAAUGUAUCCUGAGAUCUAUACACUGACGGGGGCACAUUUCUUUAACCCAGAGCUUUUUGCCAACAUCUUUGACCAUUUUUUUUAGUUUU